UUGAUACUUGAUGGUGACUUGCAAAAAGUUGUAUGGUUCAAAUCUUCUGAUUGGUUUGGAGCUAGGCGGUCGUAAUUUGUGUUGGCAAAAUACUCCGCCUGCAAGUCAUGGUUCAUAUGUUUCACAUGAUCAGUUGGGAUCUCGAACGCCUGCUUGAUCUGGGGAUCAUCCCAGCACGUUUGUCCACGAGACAGCGGUCAAAUCAACAUGGGCAACUACCCCGGACUGCUUCGGCGUUUCCAUAUAUGCGGUUUCUGGCCCUGACUGACCAGGAUGUCUGGGAUCUAAUACAGAAGACCAUGAGCUGCUGUGGACUUAAGACGUUGAAAGAACAGUUUCAGAAUGAAAACACCUGGCGCUUGGCUGUGGACUAAGAUUACUCUGAUCUGUGACGAUAAGGCGAUCAAACACAGAGGUCUUCCUCAUAGGCAAUCGUAUCUGGGUAAGCCAUUGCACUGGUCCCGUA